AUGGGGAAGGCUGGAGAGGAUAAACCAUCUUGCCGCAGCCUGCUGACCUUCCAUCGGGAGGCGCUGGUCUCCAAACUCAGGAGCAUCCAGUGUGUCCUGGACAAUCUGCUGAGCGCCGAGCUCCUCUGCGAAGAAGAGGUGGAGGCUGUGCAGCGCACCGACACCAAACCCAACCAGGUGCGUAAACUGCUGGAGCUGGUGCAGUGCAAAGGCGAGCCGGCCUGUGAAUACUUCAUCUACAUUCUCUAUUCUGUUGGAGACGCCUUCAUCCACCUGCAGCCGUGGCUCAAAGAAAUCUGCUAUGUCCCCAGUGCAGAGGUGUCUGCUCUCCCAGUGGACAACACAGACCCCAUCAGCAGAUACAGUGACAAGCAGCGGCGCGAGAUCUCCCGGGACACCAGCUUCAUCAUGUCGUACGGACAGCGGGAGGAAACUCGCCUGGAGCAUCUGUACACGGACACACUAAUGGAACUAUUCAAUGAAGCCAACGAGAGCUUGGGAUUCCUCGACACCUUAGACCGACUUCUCACCGACGACGCAGUCUUCAACCCACAAGGAGAAACCAUCUAUGUAGUCGGUGACGCAGGUGUGGGAAAAUCGAUUCUUCUCCAAAAGUUGCAAAACUUGUGGUCCAAGAAGCAGCUCGUCACAGACACCAUUUUCUUGUUUAAGUUUCGCUGUAGGAUGUUCAGCACUUUUAAAGACUCCGAACAAAUCUCACUUCGAGACCUGCUGUUCAAAUACAACUGUUGCCCAGAUCUGGACCCUGACAAUGAGGUCUUUGACUACAUCACAAACUUCCCUCACAAAGUCCUCUUCACUUUUGAUGGUUAUGACGAAAUCCAAGACGAUCUCGAGAGGUGCAUUUAUGAGACUGGGAAUAAAGGCAUUGCCAAAAUGACAGCCAAAGGAAUCACGGCUGGGUUUAUCAAGCUGGGAUACUGCAAUGUAUAUUCAGGAGACUGCACAGCUUUGAACUUUGUGCUUCAACAUCGACGGAAGCUUCUUGGUCUCGAUAUGGACAACAACAAUGUUAGCGACUAUGGAAUAAAGCAGCUCAGGCCGUCGCUGUCCAAGAUGACGAUAGUUAGAUUUUGCGUCAAUAAUCUAUCGGAUAGCAGCAUGGAGGUUCUUGCAGAGGAGCUGUGCAAAUCCAAAGUUGUCGAAGUUUUGGGGCUUUACAACAACUUUAUAACAGAUGCAGGAGCAAAACUGGUGGCAAAAAUAAUUGAGGAAUGUCCCAAGCUGCGAACUGUAAAAAUUGGCAAAAACAAGAUCACACCAGUGGGAGGCAGAUAUUUGGCCAACGCAAUCCAGAAAAGUACAUCUAUUUUUGAUGUAGGGAUGUGGGGAAACACUCUUGGUGAUGAAGGAGCGUUUGCUUUUGCUGAAGCUUUGAGACAUCAUCCAAGUUUAUCAAAUCUCAGUCUGUCUGCAAAUGGCAUCACGUCAGAGGGAGGAAAACAUCUGUCGUCAGCUCUUAAAGACAACAACAGCCUCAGGAUCUUCUGGCUGGUGCAGAAUGAUCUUUCAGACGACUGCGCCUCCCACUUCGCUGAGUUGGUCCGGACCAAUACUGGACUGACACACCUCUGGUUAAUCAACAACAAAUUCACCGUGGAGGGGAUCCGGAGACUGGCCGAGGCACUUCCAGAAAACAACCAUCUUAAAGAAAUAUGUUUGAAAGGAAAUCUACUGAGUCCAGCGGAAGAGGAAGAGUUUGUGGAGGAAAAGAGACUGCGCUUUCAUUGA